CAAACGUUCGGGACAAUUAUUAUUAAAAAUUUUAAAUACAUCUUUUAAAUUUGCAAACAACAUUUUCCAAGAACAUAGAGAUAAAGCAACAAAAUUUUAGGUUUUUGGUGACAUUAUUUUUAAAAGCUCUAACGCACGAUGGUAAUAUCAGAUUCUUCGCCCGCAUUGAAGACGCUGUGCAAAACAGGUCCUCGCUUGAAGCUUUACCAUUUUUUCAAAAAUACCUACUGUUGUCAAGCGGAGCACAAACCCAUACGGUCGGUGCUGGUAGCCAACCGAGGCGAAAUAGCGAUACGCGUAUUUCGCGCCUGCUCUGAGCUUGGCAUCAAGUCUGUGGCCGUGUACUCGGAGCAGGACAAAAUGCACAUGCAUCGUCAGAAAGCCGACGAGUCCUAUUUGGUCGGCAAGGGCCUUGCGCCCGUGGAAGCUUACCUGAGUAUUCCUGAGAUCAUUCGCGUUUGCAAGGAGAACGACAUUGACGCAGUGCAUCCCGGCUACGGUUUCCUCUCCGAACGCAGUGAUUUUGCACAGGCCAUUAUCGAUGCUGGGAUUAUAUUUAUUGGUCCAACGCCUGAGGUGGUGCAGAACAUGGGAGACAAAAUGGCUGCUCGCAAAGCGGCGGGUGAAGCAGAUGUUCCUAUUGUGCCAGGUUCAAUUGGAGCAGUUACAUCCAAAGAAGACGCAUUGUCUUUCUGUAAAAAACAUGGACUUCCUGUCAUCUUCAAGGCAGCACACGGCGGCGGAGGCCGUGGCAUGCGUGUUGUGGAAAAAAUGGAGGAAGUCGAAGAAAGUUUUGAACGCGCAAGCCACGAGGCAUUGGCCUCUUUCGGCAACGGAGAAAUGUUCAUUGAGAAAUUUAUUGAGCGGCCACGCCACGUUGAAAUCCAAGUGUUAGGUGACAAGGCUGGAAAUGUUAUACAUCUAUAUGAUCGCGACUGCUCCGUUCAGCGUCGGCAUCAAAAAGUAGUUGAGAUCGCACCUGCCCCACACCUUCCUGUAGAAGUCCGGGAUCAGAUAAUUGAUGCGGCAUUACGGUUAGCCAGGCAUGUGGGAUACGAGAACGCUGGCACUGUGGAGUUCCUAUGCGACGAGUGUGGAGAGUUUUACUUCAUUGAAGUGAACGCCAGGUUGCAGGUGGAGCACACGGUGACUGAAGAGAUCACAGGAAUAGAUCUGGUUCAGGCUCAGAUACGUAUUGCCGAAGGUAUGACACUUAAGGAGCUGGGACUCACGCAGGAAAAUAUUGUUCCCCGUGGAGUUGCCAUUCAGUGUCGUGUGACUGCAGAGGAUCCUGCCCACGACUUUCAACCUAACACUGGACGUAUAGAAGUUUUCCGUUCGGGCGAAGGCAUGGGUAUUCGUAUAGAUAGCGCCUCGGCCUAUGCUGGAGCCAUCAUAUCGCCCUACUAUGACUCGCUCCUUGUCAAGGUGAUAUCCCAUGCCAGUGAUCUGAAAAGUGCAGCGUCGAAAAUGGACCGAUCACUGCGGGAGUUCCGUAUUCGUGGUGUCAAAACGAAUAUUCCCUUUCUCUUGAAUGUUCUUGAGAACGAGAAAUUCUUAAACGGUGUACUAGAUACAUAUUUCAUAGAUGAGCAUCCGGACCUAUUUCAAUUCGUUGCCUCGCCGAAUCGUGCCCAAAAACUUUUGAAUUACUUGGGUGAAGUGUUGGUAAACGGACCACAAACGCCAUUGGCCACAACGCUAAAGCCGUCCGCGAUUCAUCCUCAUGUACCCGAAACACCAGUGGCGACAGAUCCGCCAGAAGGUUUGCGUGACAUCAUUAUAUGUCUAGGACCCGAGGCAUUUGCCAAGGAGGUGCGUUGCCAAAAGAAUUUACUGCUCAUGGACACCACGUUUCGGGACGCACAUCAGUCACUGAUGGCCACGCGUGUCCGCACCCAUGACUUGCUGAAAAUAUCACCAUACGUGGCGCACAAGUUCAGUAAUCUGUAUUCACUGGAGAAUUGGGGCGGAGCCACAUUCGAUGUGGCACUCCGAUUCCUGCACGAGUGCCCAUGGGAGCGCUUAGAGGAGAUGCGCAAGCGCAUUCCGAACAUACCAUUCCAGAUGUUAUUGCGUGGCGCCAAUGCCGUUGGCUACACCAGUUAUCCCGACAACGUAGUCUACAAGUUCUGUGAACUAGCGGUGCAAACUGGCAUGGAUAUUUUCCGAGUGUUUGACUCCCUUAACUAUUUGCCGAAUUUGAUCCUCGGUAUGGAGGCGGCAGGUAAGGCCGGCGGAGUCGUAGAGGCGGCCAUCUCCUACUCAGGUGAUGUAAGUGAUCCCAAGAAGACUAAGUACGAUCUCAAGUACUAUACCAACUUGGCUGAUGAGCUGGUGAAGGCCGGAACUCAUGUGCUGUGCAUUAAAGACAUGGCGGGUCUACUGAAGCCGGAGGCAGCAAGGUUGCUGAUCACUGCCAUCCGAGACAAGCACCCAGACGUUCCAAUUCAUGUCCAUACCCAUGACACUUCGGGCGCUGGUGUUGCAUCUAUGCUUGCUUGCGCGCAAGCCGGAGCAGAUGUUGUUGACGUUGCUGUCGACUCCAUGUCUGGAAUGACCUCACAGCCAAGCAUGGGAGCCGUUGUCGCCUCGCUGCAAGGCACACCUUUGGAUACAAAAAUGGACUUGAAUGACGUCUCCGAGUAUUCGGCAUACUGGGAGCAAACCCGCACUCUGUACGGACCGUUCGAAUGUACCACUACGAUGCGUUCGGGCAAUGCUGAUGUCUAUUUGAACGAAAUACCCGGUGGCCAAUAUACCAAUCUGCAAUUCCAAUCGUUUUCCCUUGGCUUGGGUGAUUUGUUUGAGGAUGUGAAGAAAGCCUACCGAGAAGCCAAUAUUGUGCUGGGCGAUAUAAUAAAGGUUACUCCAUCAUCCAAGGUUGUCGGUGAUUUGGCACAGUUCAUGGUACAGAACAAACUAACUGGCGCACAAGUAGUCGAAAAAGCGGAGGAACUUUCGUUUCCCAAAUCGGUUAUUGAGUACCUACAGGGUUACAUCGGUAUUCCGCAUGGUGGUUUUCCAGAACCUUUCCGGAAGCGUGUUUUGAAGGAUAUGCCACGCGUUGAGGGGCGACCAGGUGCUGAGAUGGAAGCAUUUGAUUUUGACAAGCUACAUGACGAAAUGCGUAAAUCCCACGGAGACGUUAGCGACCGAGAUGUCAUGUCGGCCGCUCUAUAUCCGGAAGUGACCAAUGAAUUCCUGCAUUUCCGUGAAAAGUUUGGUCCUGUCGAUAAGCUCGACACUCGCAUGUUCCUCUCAGGGCCCAAAGUGGGCGAGGAAUUUGAAGUGACUCUGGAACGUGGCAGGACUCUGAGCGUGAUGGCAUUAGCUGUGGCUGAAGAUCUAAAGCCAAACGGAAAUCGCGAGGUGUUCUUUGAAUUAAACGGACAGAUGCGCUCUGUGCACAUUCCCGAUAAAGUGGCUAUGAAGGAAAUCCGUGUGCAUCCAAAAGCUAAUAAGGCGGUGAAAGGUGAAGUGGGCGCCCCAAUGCCCGGUAAUGUUAUUGAAAUUCGUGUGAAAGAAGGCGAUAGUGUUGCCAAGGGUGAGCCUCUUGUCGUGCUAUCAGCCAUGAAAAUGGAAAUGGUGAUUCAGUCGCCAGAUUCCGGUACAGUGAAGAAAGUGGAAGUCAAGAUAGGUAUGAAGUUAGAGGGUGAAGAUCUUGUAUUGGUGCUUGAGUAAUAAAUACAAAGUACGAUGAACAAUGCAUGGGCUCGCAGAAUUCCAGAAUUUCCAGAAAAUCUUGCCCUCUAUGUAAUCCUUAUCCGAAUUUUCUAUUCAGCUUGCUAGCUCCUACGGCUUGGGUUGUUUAGAUGAAGUAAUUAAAUAAAAUGAUUAAAA